CAAACUUUAUUUUUAGGUUAAAAGUUCUAAGUUCAUUUUUUCAGGUCAAAGUCCACUUUUAAAUAAUUUUUUUUUAAUAAUUGGACUGCUGAUCGGGGUUUGAGAGUAGUAAUUUGGUUUCAGCCUCAGUAAAAUGUCAUCGCUACGGCUUUUUGGAGCUCUUUCUAAAACAACAAAAUUCGUUCAAAUCCAUAGCAAUUUCCAGGCAAGAUGUAUGUCAUCUUUAGAACUAAAACAUUUCAAAUUGAAAGUUGUAGACAAUGUAGGCGUUAUAACGAUAGAUUCGCCUGGUGUAAAGGUGAAUUCAUUCAAUGAAGAAGUAAUGAAUGAAAUGAAAAGUCUUCUACCGAAAAUUCAAUCAGAUUCCAAUAUCCAAGCUUGUGUCUUGAUUUCUGGAAAACCAGGAUGUUUCAUAGCUGGGGCCGACAUCAACAUGUUGGAAGCGUGCAAGACUGCCGACGAUGGUAGUUCUAAGUCUUUAGAAGGACAGAAAAUUCUUCAAGAAAUCGAAAACAGUAAUAAACCAUUUGUGGCUGCUAUUCAAGGUUCCUGUUUGGGAUUAGGGUUCGAGACUGCAUUGGCGAUGCAUUACAGAAUUGCCGUUAAGGAUAAGAAGACCACUUUGGGAUUACCUGAAGUGAUGUUGGGUUUAUUACCUGGUGCUGGAGGUACCCAAAGAUUACCAAGGUUCGUUUCGAUCCUCGACGCAUUAGACUUCAUGUUAACAGGAAAAAAUUUAAGAGCCGAUAAAGCCAAAAAACUUGGUGUAGUCGAUCUUCUAGUGGAUCCUUUAGGACCCGGUUUAGGAAGUCCAGAGGAAAUCACCAGUAAAUACCUAGAAAAAAUAGCCGUUGCUACCGCUAAGGACUUAGCUGCUGGUAAAUUAAAGGUCAACAGACAGAAGAGCUUUAUGGAUAAAGCUCUGGCUUAUGCUUUACAGUACAAUUUUGUUAAAGAUCAAAUAUUUGGAAAAGCUAAGAAACAAGUCAUGAAAAUGUCCCAAGGAUUGUAUCCUGCUCCAUUGAGGAUACUUGAAGUUGUUCGUACUUCUCUCGACAAGGGCGAAACUGUAGGGUUUAGAGAAGAAGCCCGUGCUUUUGGAGACCUUGCGGUAACUCCUGAAUCUAAAGGUCUUAUUGGUCUUUUCAAGGGUCAAACCCAGUGUAAGAAAAAUAGAUUUGGCAAACCCAGUAAACCAAUAAAGUCCGUGGCAGUUCUGGGAGCCGGAUUAAUGGGAGCCGGCAUAGCGCAGGUUACUGUUGAUAAGGGAUACCAAGUCAUUUUAAAAGACUCUAAUAGUGCUGGUUUGGCUAGAGGUGUAAAUCAGAUUUCUACGGGAUUAAGUGGGGCUGUGAAGAGAAAGAAGUUAACCGGGUUGGAACGAGACAGAUACUUUUCAAAUCUUAAUGCAACUUUAAGUUAUGAUCCUUUCAAAAAUACCGAUAUUGUUAUUGAAGCAGUGUUCGAGGAUCUUAGCAUCAAGCAUAAAGUACUCAAAGAAGUCGAAGCCGUUGUAAAACCGGAUUGUAUUUUCGCUACAAAUACCAGCGCUAUUCCUAUUGGAAAAAUUGCAGCAGCUUCUGCUAGACCAGAAAAUGUGAUAGGUAUGCAUUACUUUUCACCAGUAGACAAAAUGCAACUUUUGGAAAUAAUCACUACUGAUAAAACUAGUAAAGAAGCAACCGCAAUAGCAGUAGAUGUAGGUUUAAAACAAGGAAAAGUCGUGAUAACUGUUGGUGAUGGUCCUGGAUUCUACACGACAAGAAUUUUAUCAGCUAUGAUGGCUGAAUCUGUAAGACUGCUACAAGAGGGGGUCGAUCCCAAAGACUUGGACAAUUUAACUAAGAAAUUUGGUUUUCCGGUAGGCGCAGCCACUUUGGCUGAUGAAGUUGGUAUUGAUGUUGCAGCCCAUAUUGGGCCUAACCUAGCUAAGUCAUUUGGUGAAAGAUUUGCUGGAGGAGAUCUAGGCGUAAUGAGAGACAUGGUUCAAGCUGGUUUCUUAGGUAGAAAGUCUGGAAAAGGUAUCUUUAUGUAUGAAAAAGGAAAGAAAAGCCGUGAUGUCAAUGUAGACGCUUUAGAAAUACUUAAGAAAUACUCGUUGGAGCCACGAGGUUCGUUCGAAGAUGAAGAUAAGACUUUACGGAUGGUGACAAGAUUCGUGAAUGAAGCCAUUCUAUGUUUAGAAGAAAAAAUCCUGGACAAUCCCCUAGAAGGUGAUGUAGGUGCAGUAUUCGGCCUAGGAUUCCCACCAUUCUCAGGUGGUCCAUUCAGAUGGGUAGAUCAAUAUGGCGCUGCGAAAUUGGUCGCUAAAAUGGAAAACUUCCAGCAUUCCUACGGUUUGCCAUUCAAACCCGCUCAAACCUUGUUAGAUAUGGCCAAAGAUCCAAGCAAGAAAUUCUAUACUAAGUAAAAAAAACUCUUUUUGCAAUUCCAGGUAUGCAUUGUUUCAUAAUUCUUCGAUCAUUUUCUUGGAUAGGAAAGUAACUAUAAAGUAUUUUGUAAAAUAUUAACGUUCUGUAAUGUGUGCCAAAUAUAUCAGAAUUAAAAUAAAACUUAUAAGUCGAAGAAAUAUUGAAUGAUGCUAUUUAGUGCCUUGCUCUGGUUUAUAUUUAAUUUUCACUGAUCGAUUUUAGUUCUUUUUUUAUUGUCUAGUUGUUAAGUGAUUUAAAAAGCAUUUUGUAUACAAUAUAUUCAGGAAAAUUAUAAUUUUUUACCUAUUUGUUUGAAAUGAAACUGUAAAUAUAUUUUAAUGUUAUA